AUGCCUCGUGAAAUCAUCACAUUGCAAGUAGGGCAAUGUGGUAACCAGAUUGGAAUGGAGUUCUGGAAACAACUUUGUCUUGAACAUGGAAUCUCUAAAGACGGCAUUCUUGAAGAGUACGCCACUCAGGGAGGUGCAGGUGACAGGAAAGAUGUAUUUUUCUAUCAAGCUGAUGAUCAACAUUACAUACCACGAGCUUUGCUUAUGGAUCUGGAACCCAGAGUGAUUAAUGGAAUCCAAGCCGGUGACUAUAGGGAUCUUUAUAAUCAUGAGAAUAUAUUUAUUUCAGAUGAUGGAGGGGGUGCGGGAAACAAUUGGGCGAGUGGAUAUGAUCAGGGAAAGCAUUUCGAGGAGGAUCUAAUGGACAUGAUAGAUCGAGAAGCAGAUGGUAGUGAUAGCCUAGAGGGAUUUGUUUUAUGCCAUUCAAUUGCUGGAGGGACAGGCUCAGGCAUGGGUUCGUAUCUUCUUGAGACUCUAAAUGAUCACUACAGCAAAAAACUUCUCCAGACAUAUAGUGUUUUUCCUAACCAGAACGAGACAAGUGAUGUGGUGGUCCAGCCUUACAACUCCCUCUUGACUCUCAAGCGUCUUACCUUAAAUGCUGAUUGUGUUGUCGUUCUUGAUAACACUGCACUUAACAGAAUUGCAGUAGAGCGCCUUCAUAUACAAAAUCCUACUGUUUCUGAGACAAAUUCUUUAGUUUCUACUGUUAUGUCGGCUAGUACAACCACUCUACGUUACCCUGGAUACAUGAACAAUGACUUGGUUGGCCUUCUUGCUUCUUUGAUCCCAACACCGAGGUGCCAUUUUCUUAUGACAGGAUAUACACCACUAACUGUCGACCGUCAGGCUAAUAUGAUUCGCAAGACCACGGUAUUAGAUGUGAUGAGAAGACUUCUUCAGACGAAAAAUAUCAUGGUUUCCUGUAAUGCUAGAUCAAAGCAAGCUAAUCUAGCAAAAUACAUAUCAAUAUUAAACAUUAUUCAGGGAGAGGUUGAUCCUACUAAAGUUCACGAAAGUUUGCAACGAAUACGUGAAAGAAAGCUUGUUAACUUCAUCGAAUGGGGUCCUGCUAGCAUUCAAGUUGCUCUCUCACGGAAGUCUCCCUACGUUCGAACUGCCCAUAGGGUAAGUGGCCUCAUGCUAGCAAGUUACACCGGAAUUCGACAUCUAUUCUCCAAGUGUUUGAGUCAGUAUUCUCUCCUAAGAAAAAGGCAAGCCUUUCUCGACAAGUACAAGAGUUUCCCUAUGUUUGCUGAUCUUUCAGAAUUCGAUGAGUCUAAAGACUUACUUGACAGUUUGGUCGAUGAAUAUAAGGCGUGCGAGUCCCCAGAUUACAUCAAAUGGGGAAUGGAGGAUCCAGACCAUAAUCUGACCGACCAAGGAUUUGAUAUUGGAACAGUCGAUCCUACUUACCAAUAUGUCCUUACCAACAAUACCCCAAGCAGCUUUAAAGAAUUUGGAUGUGAAUCCAUCAGGCCCCGGAGCCUUAUCAUCUCCCAUCUGGAAAAGGGCCUGCUUGAUCUCGGAGUCAUCGAAAGGAGAGAGCAUCAAGGCGGCUUGAUUGGCAUUAAGUUUUCUAGUAAAAAGAUAAGCGGGGUCAUGGAUAGGGAGAGACGGGUGAGAGGUGCCGAAAAAGUUUUGGAAGUGGGAAACAAAGAUACAGAGGACCUCAUCGUUAGAAAUCCAGAAAUCGUCAGCAUUUUGAAUGGUAUCAAUGUGAUUCCUACUGAUACGGCUCUUGACCGACUUAUGGAAAAUGAAAAUUUUUUGGCUCCUUCAUGGAGCCAAUUAAUUUUGGAUUUUUGCUUAAGUAACCACUCCUCAUCAAGACAAGCACUGUUAUCGGCAGAUAAGUACCUACAGUGUUCCUCUCGGAGGGCCCCACUAUCAGGAUCCCUAUCAAUAGCGAUGUGGACCCUGUCAAGCUUAAGCCAAAGCUUACACACUUUAAAGAAAAGAUUACGCUAA